GUUUACAUUUCGUUUAUCUUUUUAAAACUUCGAAAUCUGCGCAUAAAUUGAUAUAUUAACACAUUGAAACGAGAAAUAUAAGAUGCAAAACUGAGUAAAAACAUGUAAAAAAAAAAAAAGAAAACCGAAAUCACAAAAAAAGAAGGAAAAUGGUUGACCAAAUCGAUCCAAAGUUGCUUGAAGAGCUCAAGGAAGCGUUUGAUAUUUUUGAUAAAAACAACGAUGGUACCAUAUCUCCAAACGAAGUAAAGGAUAUCUUAAAAGCAUUGGAAUUAUGCUCAAGUGAAGAACAAGUCAGCAAAAUGAUGAAGGAAGCAGACAUUGAUGGCAGUGGAGGUAUCGAGUUUGGAGAAUUUCUUCAGCUGAUGACAAAAAAAUAUCAACGAAGAGAUACAGCUGAAGAGUUGAGGAGAAUGUUCGUUGUAUUUGAUAUUGAUAAGUCUGGAACGAUUUCGCAAGAAGAAAUAAAGGAAGUCUUAACCAAAAUGGGGGAGAGCAUAACCACGAAGGAGGUUGAAGAUAUGAUUGCUCUAGCAGAUAAUGAUGGAGAUGGCGAAGUGAAUUAUGAAGAAUUUCUCACUUUGAUGGAAAGAAUAUCAUGAAGCUGACAGCUACGAGUAUUAUUAAUUGGAAACUACAUAACUGCUUCGUGCGACAUGGAUUAAAUUUCAUGGUCAUAUUUUAUUUUAGUGUAUAUAUUCUAAAAAAGAUACAUGUAAAUAUGUAUA